UUCUGUGGUUGGAGUCGUCCUCGGCCUUCCGGGCUAGUUGCCUGCAUCACUUGUUGCUGUCGAAUGCUCGUUCAGCCAGUCGGUUUGUCACCACGCUGUGGCCUGGGUGUCGAAACAGAAGCUGCUGAUCAACCCAUCAUUCAGUUGCUGCUUCCUGCAACCAGUUGUUGGUUUCUCAACAAUGAGGGUGCUGUUCAUGACCAAGGCUGAUGGCUGCAAACAUGUGGUGGUGUCUUUAUGGUGGUUGAAUCACCACGAAUCACUGGGUGCAGGGAGGUGAGCAAGGUGUAAUCUGUGAGAAUGACCUGAAGAAUGUGACGCUGCUUCUGCCAACCAGGGUGGAAGCGCCGAGCAGACGGUGGCCAAGGGGAGCGGUACGGAUCAUCUCCCGAGAAGCCGCUGGCUUUAGAGCCGCUUCCUAGAAUCUCCAGAUAAAAAUGACGUGUGCGGUUUGUUGAUGUGACCACAGUCUUUCUGGGCGGAUCGGUGGCAGUGUCUGCUUCAGUUCAAAAUUCCUGUUGAGGCGGGGUUCAGUGGGCGUUCUGAAGAGGAAUGGGGUCCUUGACCGCACAUCUCAACGCUUCCUCCCUCAACCUGACCGGCUCACACAACCUUCAGUUUUGGCACAGGCUCUUGGCUCUGUGUCGAGUGAAAAAGCGACUGUGGGAGGUGUCUUUCCUCUUCCCCUGUGUGUGUGUGUGUGUGUGUGUGUGUGUGUGUGUGUGUGUCGCCUUCCUCUCAGUAGCCCUCAGUUGCGUUUGCUGUUCUGCAACUUCCUGUGAUGAGAAGACGCUUCAUUUCUCAUGGUUUUGACACGACCUUCUCCACAAUACGUUCUACUCAACUAGCGUGUUACUCUUGGUCUCAGUCUCCAUCAGAAUCCUUUGUCUCAGAACCGUGUUCAGAUCUUCAAUUCUUUACUCCUCUUGGUUUGUUUUUCUCGUCUCUUCGCACGUGGUUGUGUGGCGGCUGUGGCCGAUCCCUCUCCCCGGCGCAUAAAGGCCGUGCAGUGGUGUGCCCUGGACUCUGAGAGAACGAAAGUUCAGAAAAACCCAAAGUAGGACAAGUUGAGGUGGUCAUGACUGGGGGAUCCCCCUGCAUCUGGUGCUCCCCACUCUCUGAGCCUUGCUGAGGGGAGGUGUGGUUGCCGGCACCAGGCAUGCGGCUGUCUGUGCGGCGGGGGGUCACGGGCCUGCUCUGCUUGCUGGUGACCUGCAUCCUUCUGCGCCUGGUACAGCAAGCGCUUCGGUGCCCGGGACGGCGGCCGGUUCCCCCUGUGCCCCUGGUUUUGGUGCGGGAUCGGCGGCGCACAGAGUAUCGCUAUGGGCGCGAUGCCCCUCUCGUGUUCGUGGGUGGAGUUCCCCGCUCAGGCACCACGCUGAUGCGCGCCAUGCUGGAUGCCCACCCAGAUAUUCGGUGUGGUGAAGAGACACGGGUCAUCCCCCGGUUGCUGGCCCUGCGCCAGGCGUGGGCUCGACCCGGACAGGAGCGCCAGAGGCUGGAGGAGGCGGGCAUCGACCAAGACGUGUUGGAUUCCGCCGUGGCUGCGUUCUUGUUGGAGGUCAUUGCCCGGCACGGGGAGCCAGCCCCUAUGCUGUGCAACAAGGACCCGUUCACGCUCAAGAGUGCCGUCUACCUGUCGCACCUCUUCCCCAACUCCAAGUUCCUGCUCAUGAUCCGGGACGGUCGGGCAGCAGUGCACUCCAUGAUCUCGCGCCGCGUGACCAUCGCGGGAUUUGACCUGUCCAGCUACAGGGACUGCCUGACGAAAUGGAGCCGGGCCGUGGAGGCCAUGCUGGCACAGUGCUCUCAGGUGGGCGCGAGGCGCUGUCUCACCGUGCGUUACGAGAGCCUGGUGCUGCAGCCCCGCACCACCCUGCAGGGAGUGCUGCGCUUCCUGGGUGUGCCUUGGCACGAGGGGGUACUGCACCACGAGGAUGCCAUUGGCCAGCCGGGAGGAGUCUCCCUGUCACGGAUCGAGCGCUCCACUGACCAAGUCAUCAAGCCGGUGAACAUGGAAGCCCUGACCCGUUGGGUGGGUCACAUCCCAGCGGACGUGUUGGCUGACAUAGCAGAAAUCGCCCCUAUGCUGAGCCGGCUGGGCUACAACCCCAAUGCCAAUCCACCCGCUUAUGGGCAGCCGGACCCUGUGGUGGUCAACAACACCGAGAGGGUGCUGAGGGGAGACUUUAAAACUCCAGCCAGUUUGAAAGGGCAGCCAUGGGUUUACCUCAACGGCUCCAACACGGAGAGGUGAGAAGGCUGCCUUCACCACACGCCUCCAGCUUGGGCCAAAACCACCUCGCAGCACGGAUCGUCCCAUGAAAGGCAUCAACUUGAGGCUUUCUCCGUGUUCUCACGAACUGGCAGCAGACACCUGGCAUCAGUGACGGGAGAGUUUCACUGACUGUCCCUUUUCUUUGUAUUUUUGAAUUGUAGAUACAGCUUUGUUGAAAACCAGCUCUUAAGUUCUCAAGAUUGAUUCUUGUUUUGCAUCAUACUCUGCUGAUGAGACUUUGGUAACCAUACUCUGGAAUUUUAAUUUUUAUUAAUGUAAAAUUUUGAACAAAUAGUUGUGUUGCUAUGGUCAGUAUGACUUAUUUUAUGUGGUGCAGUCAAUAAGUUCCAAGACUGGCCACCGUGUGGCACUGCUGUGGUUACAAGCCAUUGGCUCCUGCAGCACAGCGGCUCCACAUGUGACCAGUGUUAAUGGUACUGCUUGUACCAUGUAUGUCGUUAAUGCUUACUUCUCACAUUUUUAAAGUCGUCUUGUAUUUUUUUAAAUUGAAUUUUUUUCUGAGAUACUAUUCCAUUUAUUGUUUCAACAGCCCUUGUAAUGUGAUCCAGUUAAUGUAGCUCAAACGGUACUCAAGCUGUGAAAUUAAUGCAAAAUGUGCUGUAAAUAUACAAUAUCAACCCGUAAGUCUCCAAAAACAAGAGAACUGAUGAAUCCACAGGCUGGUUUUUAUUCAGAAUAUGGAAGAGAACUAAAAAUGGGGCUGUACAGGGGGUAGCACUGCUAUCUCGCAGCAUCGCGGCUACUUGGGAAUAGGUUCAAGUCCAGCUCUGUGAGUGUGGAGUUUGUUCUCCUCAUGUUCACUGGGGUUUCCUCCCAUGGUCCAACGAACAUGCAGUUCAGAUGAGUUCCCCUGCCGUGCGUGUAUGUAGCUACCAUGCAACGGAGUCCCGUCCACGGUGUACCCAUCCGCACCUAGUGCCCAAUGAUUCCGGGAUAGACACCGCACCUUGUGACCCCGAUAAGAAAUGGUUAAAGAAAGCGAACGAUGGAGAACUGAAAAUGAGUUCAGUAACUUUUUCUGAGUCGUGCUCAAAGUAAACUUUAAUCUCUCCAGUUCAAGAAGUUAUGUUUUCACUGUCAUUAUGAUGCUAUAAAUUUAUACACAAAACAUGUCACUAGUAGUUUUGUGGCUGCAAGUGUUGUCUCACUGUUAUAUUGUCUCACACUUUUUACACUUAAAGCCAUUUGCCUUCUUCCACUUGGGUGUUUGUAUCUUAUUUGGACUUGUAGUUUUAACACUCUACUCCCUGCGAAUUCAGGGUCUGGAUCACGUUGCAUCACAAAGGGCCCGAGGAGGGUCAUACCCACAGCGGGGUUCGAUGGGUGCGGCACUGGUACCGGUACCGCUGUAGGUAUAGCUCGUUGUCACAGACAAGUCCGCUUAUGGCAUUUACACUUCUCGUGUCUGUGUAAAACAUCCAGUGGCUCCAGAAUCUCCCUGAAUCACAAACGUGUGUGUCCCUAGAAGAUGGCAGACAUUUCAGUGUCCACACAGUGGGGGAUUUUACUGCAUCACUGUGUG